UAGUAAUUUGUGGAAGGUUAAAAGAAGUUAAGAUAGGUUAUGCAUAUGUUUAAGACGAUUAAGACUCCUAUUUGUUUUGAAGGUAUGAGUAUGAUUUCAGAUUUCUUUUAUUUCACGUAUAUGAUUGAUUGGCAAACAUAGUGUAUAUUAACGUUUGGCAAUAGUUUAAUAUAUUAAGCAUUCAGUGGACUGCUAUAUGUACAUCCCUGUAAAUGCACCAUCUUCCUAAACUCUGCAGCACCACAGAGCGCACGACUCAAUAUUCGAAGAUCAAUUACAACAACGUUAUUUAACUAAAUAAGUGAAAUUACCUUUAACCUGAUAUAUUAAAACAAAAUGAGCAAUGCAACUAUUUGUUUGGAACUCAUAUCUUUUAAGGACAAUAUAUUACUGGUGUGUUUUGCUAAGCGUUAUGGAUAUAGUUACUGCUAUAAAGUUGUUAAAAAUGUUGUUAAAAGUCAUAUUAUCCUCCAAUUUUUAGAGACAAUGUUUACCAAAAUAUUACGAUAGUUUUACUGCUUUUCCAUUGUUUUUAAAUUCCGUUUUUCAUGGGAUGACUUUUUGUAUUGCCACUGGUCGUUUAGUCACAACUUUAUUUGAAGAGAAAGGAAUCGCAAAAAAUGAACAAAGAGGAAGAAGACGCAUUCCUAAAAAUUCUGCUUGAGUUCAGCGAUACAGUGGAUCCCAUGACGCUGCUCCUCGACUUACCAUGUCUAUCUCGAAGUGCAAGAGAAAAUGUAGUGAACUCGCAGACAGGAGCAUGGUGUGGCUCGAGUGAAAAAGCAGCUCUAAGGCUACAUGGUGCUUUAGCUAAGAGGCCAGAAGGAUUCCGAGAGAUCGUGUUGGCAUUGAGGAGGCAUAAUCAUGACGAGCUCGCAGACAAAUUAGACCCUCGUCAUCAAAUACAAGAAAAAGAUACCACUCUAUGCUUAGAAGUCCGCCAUCUUUCUGAUAUGCCAACUGGUGCCGGCGUUAAUAUGUGCAAAACUACGAAAACUGUUGUUGCAGCAAGACAGAUGACAGAACCAAAUAUUGGAUCGCCGGGCUAUGUCGGAGGACCGAGGUUGUCGUUGUCUGAGCAGUUUCAGCAACCAAAACCUGUAAUUAGCGGUCAAACAACAACCAACUUGCCUGCACCGACCUGGUCAAUGUCCCAAAGACCAACAUGGUGUUCAACGAAUGAAAAGUCUUCAAUACACGAUUCUUAUGGUGAACCAGUACAGGAUGUUAAUAUUGCGAAUAAUUUUGGUGAAGAUUCCGAUUCUGAUAAUAAUAAUGAUAAUAAGGAAAACAAUAAAGAAGCACAUGUUGCCAAAAAAUGCACAGAAAAUACGAGUGAAUUUAAAAUGGUGAUUGUUGAGACAGAAUUAAAUCUUCCGAAGUCACCUGCAGACGAACUUCUUCUGAAAAGAAAUGAGCUACGAAAUCGGGUAUUUGAAGAAAAAAUAGCAAACGACAAUAACAUUGAACAUAUGCACUCUGAAUUAUUUCCAUCAACAUCUACAACUGGAAUAGGGUCCAGCUGUUUGUCGUCUGUCGGAAAGAUAGAUGUCAAGAUAUCCAACGAAGAAACACUCAGACAAUUUGAAGUGAACGAAGGGGCAUCAAAUAACAAUAGUGCCAAAGAAAAAGGAAACACGAAAACAGAGACUCGAGGAAAAUAUAGCUGUGAAAAUUACAUAGAUCAUUCCUUAGAGGACAAACAUAUUCACGUCCCUGAACACGUUGAGAGCGAUACGGAACUAGACAGUAUACGAGAGAAGGGAAAAAAUAAAGAUUUGCCUGGUUUUCGCGAAAGUCAGGAUCUGGAUUCAGCUGAAAAUAAAGGUCAUGAUUCAGUAUUUGCCAUCAGUAGCGAGGACCAAAGUGCAAGUAGUUCAACAAUACUAGAAAAUCAACGUACAGACUCACCAGGCAGUGUUUGGCCUCCAAAUUUUGAUCAACCGCGUGAUGUGACUGUUCACAGAGAACAUGAACGUCGUACGAACAAUAACAUUUGUGAAAAUGUUAGUGUAGAAGGGCAGUCAACAGAAACACGAUGCCAAUCUUCAAACAUGUAUGUUAACGGUGUGGUGUCAUGGUUACUAUACAUUGGUGAUAAGAUGUUGUAGUUGUAAUCGUAACACCGCUUUUAUAUGAUAAAAUGCCUCGCAUUUGUUUUCUUAUUGGUGUCAAGUUAUCAGCGCGCUUUAUGCUAUUGAUGAUUUAACAGAGAGUGCUGAUUUGCAUAAUUCUUAAGUGCUUUGAAGUAAUAUUUUAUCAAAUGAGAUGACAGUAUUUUUUGAAUUCGUCGCGCAUUUGUGUUGGUUAAUCAGCGAUCAGUAGAUGCAGUGUUAGACAAGGCCAACAGACAACUUAUUUGUUAUACCACUUUGCCGAUUAGUGUUUAUUAAUUUGCAUAUAUGCGAUGAAAGUUAUGUUCGCGCCAGACCUGACCUCUUGUAAAUUAACAGGCAAUCUAAUCGACUGUUUGAAAUGUGAGGUGCAAUAGAAUAAAUAUAUUUUGAAUUUAUGGUUUGCAUGUGCCGUAUAAUCUCAAUGUUUAUAUUUGCAACGAUAAUGACCCUUUCAACUUAUUUGCAAGUGAAUAUAUUGGUAAUCCGUAAUGGUUAUUCAAAACUAUUUCGUUAAUGUAUUUUAUACUAAGCAUGAUGUUAAUAGUUAAUAAUUAUGACGUGUAUGAUAAUUUAAAUAAGUAAUUUGAAAGUAUGAUGUUUAGGUGCUUUCAAAACAAAGUGACCAAUAUCUAUUAAAGUUAUCGAUAAGAUAUUAAAUUUAACCUAGUUUAAUUGAUUUUUCAUAUUUUGAUCACGUAACUAUUAAUUGCCUUUCAAACAGACGUUUUAAAGUAGUUAUUUUUAUAACCGUAUUUAUACGAUAACCGAUAAUCAACGUGUAUGUUAACACGUUUGUGUACUUAGCGUUAUCUUUGCACUGCAGAAUACUCACCAACUAAUAUUUUUUUUAGAAUUUAUUAGCAAAUAAGGCAUGAUAAAUAGUAAUGACCUUUUUCAGCUUAUAAUUUGGUCCUUCCGUUGGUAGCUCGAGGUUGUUUUGCUUUGUUUUUUUUACAUAAUGCGCCAGCACUGCAGUAUAUUUUGCCAAGUUUUAAAAAAGAACACGCUCAUCGGUGAGAUUUAGUUAUAUAGUAAUACCAACAACCAUUAUUUAUAUUACAAUGAAGACGUUCCAUUGUUUGAAACAGUGAACUGCAAUAUCAUUACUGCAUGAUAAACAUAAAAAUGUAGAAAUUAUUAGCAAAUACAAUCGCGCCGUAUUCAUAUUGGAUAUAAGGUACCGAUAAAUGAUAAUCAUAACGAGUUUAGCAUUAUUUUUUUUGUAUCUGCAUGUACUAAAAUAUAUAGAUAUAUAUUUCCUAAAUUAUAU